CUCUCUCUCUCGCACAUGACAGAGACACCAAUUACAGUAAUAAAAAAGUUAUAAAUUAUUUUUUGAUUACUGCAAAUGCAGAGUAGGAAAGAGUUCAAGUUGAAGUACUACGAUUAAUAUUUAUUCUCUCUCUCUCUCUCUCUCUCUCUCUCUCUCUGGAUUUUGUCAUUUUGUUACUUUGAAGAAGAAGAAAGAAGAAGAAAAUGGCGAAGGAGCUUCUUCUCCAACUCCGAGUGCUGCUGCUUCUUCUUCCUGAACAACGCUGUCGUUUUGCAAUUUCUCUUCUACCUCACUUCGUCGCAUUCUCUCUCUGAACCCCUUUCUUUCUCUCCUUCCUCUGGAUCCAUUCAACUUCUUUUUUCUCAGAUUUACGGUGCAUUCUGUUAAUUUUUCGGCAUUGUAGUGGAAAGGAGAAGAAAUUAUCUUAUUAUUAACUGAUGACAUGGAGCAGUAUGAUAUACUUGAGCAAAUUGGCAAAGGUGCUUUCGGUUCUGCGCUUCUCGUGAGACAUAAGCAUGAGAAGAAAAAGUGAGGAUGGAACCUACCUUAACUCUUGCUUUCUUUCCCUUUUUUUGCUCUUUGGAUAUGUGCUCAAGAAGAUUCGCCUUGCACGCCAAACGGAGCGAACUCGUAGAUCUGCACACCAGGAGAUGGAGCUUAUUUCUAAAUUUCGAAACCCAUUUAUUGUGGAGUAUAAAGAUUCAUGGGUAGAAAAGGGUUGCUAUGUCUGCAUUAUCAUAGGUUACUGUGAGGGUGGGGAUAUGGCGGAAGCUAUAAAGAAAGCUAAUGGUUUGCUGUUCCCAGAGGAGAAACUCUGUAAGUGGCUCGUUCAACUUCUUAUGGCACUUGACUAUUUGCACAUGAAGCACAUUCUUCAUCGUGAUGUCAAGUGUUCAAAUAUAUUCUUGACAAAAGAUCAAGACAUACGUCUCGGUGAUUUUGGACUUGCCAAAAUGUUGACUUCUGAUGAUCUUGCUUCCUCUGUUGUUGGAACUCCUAGCUACAUGUGCCCCGAGCUCCUAGCUGAUAUACCUUAUGGUUCCAAAUCGGAUAUUUGGUCCCUGGGAUGUUGUAUAUAUGAAAUGACAUCACUCAAGCCUGCAUUUAAAGCAUUUGAUAUACAAGCAUUGAUUAACAAGAUUAAUAGGUCCAUAGUGGCUCCAUUACCAACAAAAUAUUCUGGUUCAUUUCGAAGUCUUGUUAAAAGCAUGCUGCGGAAAAAUCCAGAGCUUAGGCCCAGUGCUGCAGAGCUGCUUGGGCACCCACAUCUUCAACCAUAUGUUCUUAAGAUUCAUCUCAAAAUUAAUAGCCCCAGGCAAAAUUCAUUACCAGUCCAAUGGCCAGAAUCCAAGUACAUGAAGAAAACCAGAUUCUUGGAGCCGAAAGAUGAACAUGUUUCUAUCUAUAGGGAUAAAAGGCAUUCUUUUAGCAAUGAUCGGACUCUAAACCCUAGUAUUUCUGGAGCUGAUCAAGAUUCUGUAUGUUCCACCCUAGAAAUAGAUUGUACUCCAGAUGAUUUAAAUCAGAGGUUAGCAGAGUUGAGUGUCAGAGGUAGCCAUGGAGUGAAGUCAAUCCAUAAGCCUAUUCUCUCCAGAACUUCUAGUAUGGCUAAGAUUCCCAGGAUCAGUCAUGCAAAACUUUCUUCUACCAACAAGAAAUUAAUGGAACCCACAAAGGAUCUUAAGGCAGGAAGGCAAUCUCUUCCUGCUUCAAACAAUUCCACAAAAUCUACCCAAACAAAUCGCAGAGCAUCCUUUCCAUUGCCAUCAAAGGGUACUCAGAAGCCUCCUCACAGGCCUAGUAGUAUUGGUUUGCUUAGCCAUGUAUCUUCACCAGAUAUUUCAGUCAACUCUCCCCGAAUUGAUAAAAUAGCUGAAUUCCCAUUAGCAUCAUAUGAAGAUCCACUGUUCCGAUUCAACAGAUCAUCCACUGUGAUUGACAAAUGCACAAUAGAUGUAUAUGAUAAAGCCUCUGUUAGGGCUUGUAAUGCUGAUACUUGGCAAGGAAUCAAGCGCAGCGUGUUGAAGGAAAACGACGAGGACAAAAAAAGUGGUUCAUCCGAUCAAAAUGCAACAGCAGGUGCAUCGAGUCACACCUCUUCGGAUCUGCGCCGCCGACAGUUUGAUACUUCAUCGUACCAACAGAGGGCCGAAGCCUUGGAAGGGCUGCUUGAAUUCAGUGCAAGAUUGCUGCAGCAGGCAAGGUAUGAUGAACUCGGGGUUUUGUUGAAACCAUUUGGGCCUGAGAAGGUUUCCCCAAGGGAAACUGCAAUCUGGCUGAGUAAGAGCUUCAAAGAGAACACAUUCAACCCUGAAGAAUCCCCGUAAAAUUGCUGUAUAUGCACUCUAAUCAUGUUUGUAGUGUUCAGUGCAUCUUUUCUCACACGGGAGCCUAUUUAGCGGUUUAGCCAGUUGAGUUUUUGUAGAAAUUCGGUAACAUUACUUGUGGAACUAGUUUAUGUUGUUCAUAGUAGAUAUUUUCCAAUAUAUUAAUGUUAGCUCUUUGUCAUAUUUGAAUUGCUA